AUGCCUGAGUUCGGUAUCCAAUCUCUACCAGGCGCUCCCCCAACGAGCUGCCACCCUCGUUCUUUUACCACCCGGGUCAGAGGCCUCUCAACUUCAUCUGCCAAAGCCUUCAUCUCCAACGCCAAAUCAGUAGAUGGCUGGAAGCCAGGAGAAGAUCCCAAGGUGGAUCAUUCCGGUCAUUUCGAAUUCUGCGGCCCUUUGGGAGUCAGUACCAUGAUAGUCGGCUUUCCUUUACUAAUGUACUACAUGUGGAUCGGUGCGACAUUCUACGACGGUCAAUUCCCAGUCCCUACCUCUACGGAGUCUUUCGGGAGCUUUGUUAGACAUCUCGCAAAUCUGGUGUACGAACACGCCUUCCCGAGCACAAAGGCCUGGGCCAUCUACUGGACAUUCUUCAUCACUGAGGCUGCAUUCUACUGCUAUCUUCCUGGUGUCCAGGGCUACGGAAAGCCACUAGAUCACGAAGGGGGAAAGCAACUCGAGUACCAUUGUAGUGCGGUCUGGUCAUUCUACAUCACCAUCUUAGGAGCUGCCGCACUGCAUUUCACAGACAUCUUCCCGCUCUACACUGUCAUUGACGAAUUCGGACCCAUAUUGUCAGUUGCCAUUAUCUCAGGCUUUCUCGUAGCCGUUGCGGCUUAUACGUCUGCUUGGUUCCGCGGCGUGCAGCACAGAAUGACAGGCUAUUUCAUGUAUGACUUCUUCAUGGGCUCGGAACUGAAUCCCAGGAUUGGCACUUUGGAUUUCAAGAUGUUUUUCAUGGUCCGCAUGCCUUGGUUCAUUCUCUUUGGCAUAACAUGUGCUACAGCUGCAAAGCAGUAUGAGGACUACGGUUACGUCUCUGCUGAACUCAUGUUCCUGGUCAUGGCUCACUUCAUAUAUACCAACGCAUGUGCCAAGGGCGAAGAGUGCAUCUUGACUACAUGGGACAUCUACUACGAAAAAUGGGGCUUCAUGCUCAUCUUCUGGAACCUCGCCGGUGUUCCCCUUAGCUACUGCCACUGCACGCUCUACUUUGCCAACAACCUAGCGAUAGCAACCGAAUGGUCGAUUCCGGCCUUCCGCACCCCCGUUCUCAUCUUCCUCUUCACAUCCUACCUCUUCGUAUACUGGGUCUGGGACUCGACCAAUAGCCAGAAGAACCGUUUCAGGCAACAAGAGCGCGGGCAACUGGUCGUGAGGAAUACCUUCCCGCAACUUCCGUGGCAGACACUUACGAAGCCCCGCACGAUCACCACCCCAUCUGGAGACAAGAUUCUCGUCGAUGGCUGGUACAAAUAUGCUCGCAAGCUCCACUAUACCUGCGAUGCGUAUUUCGCGCUUGCCUGGGGCGCCAUUACCGGAUUCGAGAGCCCGUUCCCGUGGUUCUACCCGGUGUUCUUUACGGUUAUGAUCCUGCACCGCGCGUAUAGGGAUAUCCAACGUUGCAGGGUGAAGUAUGGAGAUAGUUGGACGGAAUAUGAAAAGAUGGUUCCUUAUUUGUUCAUCCCGACUCUGGAUUUGAGAGUAUAG